AUGCUGCAUGUAGCUGACUCAUCGAUGAAAAGAUUUGUGUAUGAGAUGUGGCGGGAGGAAAAUCUGCCUGCAACGUUAUUGCAGAAAUUGGUCAAGAAUAGGAAAUCUAUUGUUGUUGAUUACUCUUCCCCAAAUAUUGCCAAACAAUUUCAUGUUGGCAAUUUCAGAUCCACUGUUAUUGGGCGCUAUAUCGAUACAAUAAAUAGAGCUGCUGGCAAUAAAGUUAUAUCUCUCAACUACAUCGGUGAUUGGGGGUUGCAGUUUGCACUGAUUGCUGCUCACUGGCCUGUAAUGAAACCCUCCCAAGAGGUAUGGUCUACGUGGAACACUGUGCAAAAAUUUACAUUUUUGGCUAAAUGCUACGUUGAAGCGAACAAAUUAGCUGAACAUUCCAGCAGUUUUUUACAAAAAGCUUACAAUAUUCUUGCCAGCAUGGAAAAUUCUUUGUUAACCGCUGGUACCAAUGAUCAUUUAUCGUUCUGGCAAAAUGCAAGGCAGUUAUCUCAUGAACAGUUGCAUCAUUUUUAUAGACGUAUGAACUUAUCAAUGGAUGUGGAAUAUUUCGAGUCUGACUUUGUCGUUUCUGCUCAUCAGUUAAUUAAUCGUAUGUUACGAGAAGGGCAAGCAGAAAACGGCAGUGAUGGUGUUGUUACAGUCAUAUGCAAAGAACUGAAUAGGUCUAUUGUUAUCAGAAGAUCUAAUAACACGACUCUUUAUUUGUCGAGGGACUUAGCAUCGGUUUUAUUACGGGAACAGUUGUAUGCAGCGGAUAAGUAUUUCUAUGUGGUUGAUCAUGCACAGCGACAACAUUUCACCAAUUUGAAGUGUCUUUUGAAUGCCAUUGGACGAAAUGAUAUUGGUGAAAAAAUACAUCAUGUCUCAUUUGGACGCGUAAAAGGUCUUUCUACCAGGCUGGGAGAAGUUGAAUUGGUAAGUAAAAUACUAGAACAUGGUUUGGAACUUGCAAAAUCCUUUAUCACCAAAUCUAGAACGAUGAAAAUUAGCCAGAAUGAAAUUCCUCAAGUCGCAGCGAAUCUGUCACUUGGAACAAUGAUAGUGAAUGAUCUCAAAAGGGCACGAUCCACCAAUUACUCGUUUUCAUUCGAUAAGGCUUUUCAAAUGAAUCAAAAUAAUGCGCUUCUUCUACAGACGAAACAUAGCCGGCUAAUGUCAAUCGAGGAACGGAAUCAUGGCUUGAAGCAGAAUCUAAUGGAGGGAUUUGAGGGGAAUUUCGAAACGAAUGAAGCGAGUUGGCUUCUUUUGAAACAAUUCAAAGCAUUUCCUGAUAUCCUAUAUGCUAGCUACCAAGAAAUGGAACCUUGCCGAUUAACCGUGUAUUUAUUGCAACUGGCAAAUGUUGUAGGCUUCGCUUCUUCCAUCCUUCGAAUAUCAAACGAACCACUGGAGAUAGCAAUACCAAGACUUUUGCUAUUAUCAACUGCACGGAAAAUUCUAGACAGUGGGAUGCGUCUGCUAGGAAUAGAACCACUGAAGAAAAUGUGA